UUUGAACUGCUUAAAAAUACAGUUUGUUAGAAAAAAAAAAGGGGGGAGCGUGAACUUCCUCAAAUUUUGACAUCAGAAACUCAAAGGUAUUCUGACUUCAAGCGAGAAGAAAACAAGAAUUCUCACUGGAUAGUGUUGAAGGUUUCUUAGUCACGGUGCCGGAAACCGUGGUGAAAAUGCAGUUUCAUGAGCAGAUGAGUUCUUUCUUACUUCCUUUUUGCCCCCCCAUGUUUGGCUAAGCGUAACACGAGGGACAAUGGGCCACCAGCUCAGACAAAGGGAGGUGUUCCUGGGGCCUCCAGAGUAUUUAGGAGGAGGAGGAGGAGUAAAUAAAGGUGCGGCAGCAGUUCUGAAGUUAAGACCAGCGGAGCAGUCAUGGUUACCUGAUCAGCAGGGUUUAUAGCCGCAGGGUGAAUACCAUGACAGCUCUUUAAUUUUGGUGUCUUGUAAUGGUCAUGGAGACUCACACCUGACUGCAACAGAAUGCUGAAGCGGUGCCAUUAAUUUUUCAACGGAGCAGCAUUUCCUGCAACAAAUGGACACAACUAGGGGACAAUCUUAGACAUUGGGCAGUCUGGGCAGCAGUCGGAGCUCCACUCUGCCACGGUUGGACAAAGACAGACAAUGGAGAACGGUGCAGAAAACAAGAGAUGUUUUGGGUUUUCACGGCGCCACACCUUCUUCAUCCUUCUGGUUCUCGGAGUCGUGCUCUUUUUCUACUACUCUAACGUAAAGGACAUGGCGCCCGAGUGGAACCCUCAACAGUGGAUGCAAAGUCAUUCUACAAAACUAUUCAUGCCGUUCAGAAAACAAAGCACCGUCUCCAACAACACCAGUAGAUCCACAGCUGAGCCGACAGCUGCUGCUUCUACUGGGUUGACACGUGAAACGACCACAGCUCAACUUCCUCAAAAUACAAGCAUCUCACCAAAAGACAAACCAACCACCCAACGGCAGCGGAGCGUUUCUUCACCGGUGCCUGAGAAGAUGCUAACAACCCAAGCUAGCAGACGGACAGCGGUUCCCUACGUAUCUCCUGGACCGUACCUGGUGGAGUACCCCUAUGAGUACCACUUCACCAUGAACGAGCCACUGACAUGUGAGCAGGAGAAGCCGUUCGUGGUUCUCAUCGUCCAGGUGGCGCCACGCAACCGAGCUCACCGUGACGUCAUCCGCAGCACCUGGGGCAGCGAGAAGCUGGUUGAGGGUCAGGAGGUGAGGCUCUUCUUCUUACUGGGGAUGCAGACUGGAGACGAUGCACAGCAGGUCCACCAGCAGCUGCUGCAGGAGAGCAAAGAACAUCACGACCUCAUCCAGAGCGACUUUGUGGACUGCUACAAGAACCUGACCAUAAAGACCAUGGUGAUGCUGGAGUGGCUGAACUCUUUCUGCUCCAGCGCCCCUUUUGCCAUGAAAAUUGAUUCAGACAUGUUCCUGAACGUUCCCAAUCUUGUCGCCUUGCUCCUAAAAGCCCCGAGGACAAACUACAUGACCGGCCUAGUGGCGCAUGGAGGACAAGUCUUGAGGAAUCCCAAUUCCAAAUGGUACGUGCCUGAGGAUCUUCUCAGUGAUGCUUAUUACCCUCCCUACGCUUUGGGUCUGGGCUACAUCUUGUCUUUGGACCUCACCAAAAAGCUCAUUGAGGCGUCCAGACAUGUUAAAGCUCUUUAUAUUGAAGACGCAUAUUUGGGCUUGUGUAUGAAGCACCUGGGUAUCCUCCCAACAGAUCCUCCAAACUGGUUCUUGUUCCAUGUAUUUCCUCAGAGUUACAGCCGCUGUGAUUACUCCAGGUUAAUCGCCACCACAACUCGGGAAAAUAUGGAUAUUGUCCAGAUUUGGAGAGACUUUAAGAAACCGGGUCGGUACUGUUGAUCCGAGAAAAAGGUAUAAAUUAUAUUGUUUGAAAAUAAAGCCAGAAUUUGCUCAGCACUUCAUGUUUACAUAUUUACAUAUUAGCUUGACUAGGAAAAUGAGCCAUGGUUACCAUAAAAUAUUGAUGAUACAUUUAUUAUUUGUGUUAAAGACAGGAUUCAGGACUCGAUUGUCUCGCCUUAGAUGAAGUCUAUGGCAUGAGUUGGUACUACCUAACCUUUUACAUCUUUAGUCGAAGUAAUCUGACCUUCAUUAGUGCUCGCUCCUGAACACUUAUUAAGUCAUCAACAUGUUCCAAAUGUUAAAACAUGAUCCGGGACACCAGUGAGCUGGAUGUUGGUGCAUCUAAGGGAGAGUAAAAACAUAUCUGGUAAAAAUGCUUCUAAAGUACUGAGCAAUGGUUCCAAAAAAGCAAAAAAAGUAAAAAACAAAACAAAAAAACAACUGGACUUUUUUUCCCGGAAGUUUGAAGACGAAAGCUUUCUCUAUUCAAAUGUCUGGAGUAGUGUGGCAUUCCAAGCUUUAUAUUAUUGCCCCAAAAGGCCUUGUUAUGGCUUAGAUAACAUGUAAAUUAAACUGAAACUUCCUGGAUGACUGAGAAUCUUCACCAGCAUACUGAAAAACUCAAGGGCACUGUACAAUAAAAGCCACAUUAUAAAACAGUAAUUAAAAUGCAAUAAAAAUACAUAAUAAGAUUCCUUAAACAAACAAGUUUUGAGUACUGAUUUAAACGGAGGGAGAGAGUCAAUAUUUGGGAUGUCUGGCAGGAGGCGUUCCUUGUCUGGGGAGCAGGACGGCUGAAUGUUGUCCUCCUCAUGAUGCUGAGAGGAAAGGGGAAGUGGAUGCAAAAGGAAGGUUCGACCCAUUAAGCCCGUUGGGGCCGAGUUCGUUCAGGCCAAACAGAGCCACACCUAUUUUAUAACGUUUUAAAAGUAAGUCAGAAACGGUUACGUUUUUUCUUUUCAUAAAUGCCUCCAAGUAGGAAGCUUUGAUGUUUAUAAAACAAAUACUUUCAGUUUUACAGCAUUUUAAACACACAAAAGGUCAUUUAACAGUCUAUGAAAGAUUGCUGACUCUGCCCUGACAUGCUUAACUCUAUCAAGGUCAGUAUCAUUAAAAACAAGAGAAUCCUACCUUUAAACAAAAUAUGAGUUAUGAUUUAUGACUUUUCUCUUCCGUUUAUAGAUUUAUGCCGUGCACAAUGGUGCAUGUUGAGGAAACAAAAAGUAAAUUUUAUUACCAAAGCCUGUUUCAUGUGCAAUGGAAAUCAGCUCUUUUAUUGUACCAGCUUCCCUUUUUAUAAAAUGAAAAACACACUUAUAUAGGAAAUUUUUGACCAAUCUGUAUAAUAUGAUUGAUUUUGACUUUGUAAAGUGCCUUGAGAUGACAUGUUUCAUGAAUUGGCGCUAUAUAAAUAAAAUUGAAUUGAAUUGAAUUGAAUUAAAUUUGGCACAGUUCUGGCAUAUUUGGAUAAAUCCAGACCAAAAUCAGAGGUCCGUCUGCAGCGGCGCCACUGGCCAGUGUAAUUUGUAGCAUUAGUUUAUCAUUUCAUCCCAUCAUGCACAGCCAGCAAGGCAGUCGCUCUUCCUGACCUUCUAUCACGCUUUUAUAUGUACCUGCCAGUAUAUAUUUUCCUCUAGUAAUUGUUUUGUUUUUCAAUAAAUUAAUAAAUAUACACCUUAUUUCUAAUAUAAUUACACAAUACAAAUUAAUUUUGU